UAUAGGGGCUUCUGUGACUGGCACAUUGUUAUGGGGGCAUCUAUGGUCAUUGUUAUAGGGGUUUCUAUGACUGGUACAUUGUUAUGAGGGCAUCUAUGGCUGAAACAUUGUUAUAGGGGCUUCUGUGACUGGCACAUUGUUAUGGGGGCAUCUAUGGCUGAAACAUUGUUAUAGGGGCUUCUAUGACUGGCACAUUGUUAUGGGGGGAAUCUAUGGCUGAAACAUUGUUAUGGGGGCAUCUAUGACUGGAACAUUGUUAUGGGGCAUCUAUGGCUGAAACGUUGUUAUAGGGAUUCUAUGGCUGGAACAUUGUUAUGGAGGCAUCAACGACUGACAGACUUUUACGGGGAUACUAUGGCAGGCACAUUAUUAUGGAGACCUCUGCGGCUGGAACAUUGUUAUAGGGAUAUGGUGACAGAAGGAAUGCUGGUUGGCCGCAGCUCAUGGUUAUCAUGUUUAUUCAGUGCCCUGUUAAUAGGUGUUGCUUAAUCUCGGUCUCUAACAACAUAAUAUCCAGGGAAGUGAGUGUAGUAGAUCUAAUAGUAUGAGACGGAUUAUCGCUCACUUUAAUACUGCGCAGAAGUUUACGGACUCACCCGGGGACUGAAUCAUCUAUCGCUUAUGAUGGACGGUUCCCUGGAAUAUUCACGUCAAAAAGAAGAUCUGGUUCGCACAGUUCGGAGUCUUCAGGUGGCUUCACAGAACACUCUUCAAAAAGCCGUCCCUCUUCUUUCUUCUCAACCUGGACUUGGCCUCUUGAAGCCUUCGCAUGUACAGCAGCUCUCCAAAAAGACCACCCAAGUCUGCCGAGACCUUGAAGAUGUAGGGAACCUGCUCUUGUUCCGCCAGGAUGAACUCGCUCAGAAAUUGUCCGUACCUGGUAAAGGGGGUGCGUCUUCCCUCCACUGGUGUUCAGACGGCUCCAUCUAUGUCUGUGGAGACAAUGGUCCUGAUAUCCAUUUACUGAAUAGUCAUGGGAAACCCACCCAGACCUUCGUAUGUCGUGAUGAUGUUCUCUUUCUUCCAGACUGCGUUACAGUGACUCGUUCCGGUGCUGUAGCAGUCACUGACAUAGCCGAGGGCAUAGUCCGAAUUUAUAGUCCAAAUUCAUAUCCACCUUGGAUUAGGGUGGGCGGUCAUUUUAAUUCUCCGAAGGGCAUUGCAGUGGACUCCUCUGGACGAGUCCUGGUUGCAGAAUAUACCUCUGGGGAAGUGCAAGCUUUCCAUGUGGACCGAGCACAUCGUAUUCAUGGAGUCAAAAAAGCCUCAGGACUCCGUGGACCCCAAUAUAUUUGCCCAACGCCAGAUGGUGGCUUUGCAGUUAGUGAAGAAUGUGGAGAUGUCAAAUUAUUUACGGCAAAUUUAAAAUUAUCUGGUUCCCUAUCAGAAUCCUACCAACAUGAGUUUGGAAACCCUGCAGGAAUAUGCGCAGAUCCCGAAGGAAAUAUUUUGAUAGCAGAUGUCCAGAAAAGAAAUAUCACCCUCUUUCCACCCAGCGGGUCACCCAUUUGCAUUGUUUCCCAGGGUCUUUGUAAACCGGCAGGAAUAACAUGUUCCCCUUUUGGGCUCCUGUAUGUGGCCGACUCUGGUGAUAACUGUGUAAAGGUUUACAAAUAUCGUGCAAAACCAUACUACACCCCCACCAGCCCUCGUAGAUCAGGUGAAGCCCCGUCCUAAAUGCAGAUUGACUUUUCCACCCAGUACUUCAAUUUGCUAGAAAGCUCAUGUAGAUAGUCUUGGUAUUUGAGAGAUAUUAAAGGGGUAUUCCAGGAUUUUUUUUUAUUUGACUGUGCUACAGGGGCUGUAAAGUUAGUGUGGUUCAUAAUAUAGUGUCUGUACCUGUGUGUGAGGGUUUUCUCACAAUUUUUCUGUCAUUUUCACCCCAAUGUUUAUUUUUAACAGCAUACAAAAUGACUGUUGUCUCAGAUUUUUCCCAGGUUGCAAUGUGGCCGAGACCUGACAUUACUAGUCAGCUGAUGACAGGGAGCCUGUCUGCUUCAAUGGGUGGAGCGAUCGCUUGGUGGGAGAGAGAUCAAUCUGCAACUAAUGCAACAGCUGUAGGCACCCUGAUUGAAAACCAAAGGUCUUUUGAAUGGAUGCAGCUCAUUUUUGUUUCAAUGGGUGGGGUGGCUGAUGUGUGGGAGGGAGUAAAUGGAAUUGUGUGAUUUGUAGUAAAAAAAAG